ACGGGAAUAGUUGUCGUCAUGGAUACGCAAACAUCCGCUAUCAUGGAGGACGACAAACGCGAAAACUAGCUAGGAAACGUCAACAAACAUGUAGAUAUGAAUUUAGUGGCUUUGUGUCUUUAACAGUCACUAAUGCUCGAAUUGAUUGAUUUAUUCUACGUGUAGUUCCCGUACCUCACAUAAUGUCGAGAGCAGCCGUUUCAAAAUCGAGGGCCGACAAGGGCGCCAAGCCCGGACCACCUGCACACACACCCGUGGUAGCACACGAAAUCGUGCCUGGGAAAUUUAAUGACCAAGACUGGACAUUUAUGGUGGAUAAAGAUGGCUCAGAGGAAUUCGUAGAAGAUAUAAUUGAUGAACUUGUGGAUAAUACUUUAGAUGUCAUAUAUGAUAGUUACGUUGGGCAACAGUUACUACCUUUUACAGUGACUAUGGCCAAAGAUGCAAUUUUACAAAUAAUUGAGUGGCAAUUUUUAUCUAGAGAUGAAGGGGAACAAGAGGUAGAAACAGAUCCAGGAUGGAUGGAAGAUGAAGAGCCUGAUCCAGCUGUGACAGACUGUUGGGCCCAGGGCUCUGUACCAAAAGCACUUGUUCCUGAAAGACCAAUGACACCUGUUGAAGAAGUGCUCGAGGAAAAAGUGGAAGAAGAAGCAGUAGCUGAGGAAGUGGAAGAAGAGAAGGUUGAGGAAGAGGAACCUCCAGAACUGGCAGACAAAGUGUCUGAUACAGAGGAAGGGCCAACUCAAGAAGAAAAACAAAAAACUCAAGAAGAAGAAAAGAAAAAGAAGAGAACGAAAUAUAAGCCAUACACAGGGAGAGUGAAGGCAGGGAAAGGAUUGAACCAGAUGACAGAGUCUUUGGAGCAAACAGAAAUGGCAAUGAUGUAUGAGGAGUAUGUGAGAUCACAGGAGUAUGAAGCAGCAGAGAAAGCCAGUGGACUCCUAAACAUGCCAGUAUCGUGUCACUCCAUACUGAAGGUCCAAGCUGGACGACCACCAGGAAACAAAGAUGUUAUGUAUGAUGAUAUGGGCAAUGUACUGGCAGUCAUCAAACUAAAUCCUGAAAAACUGCCAUCUCAUAGAGUCAAAGUGAAAUAUCAGGUGGUAGAUCCUGCAGUGGAGGCUGCCCAGGCCAGACUGGAGGCCAUGAGGCACGGUCGCUACAUGAGUAGGGCCAUCCAGCGCAGACUCAAACGCAACAAAGUAGAGGAGAUCAAGCCAGAAGAAGAAUUAGAGAAUGGCUUCCAAAAGGAUAUGAAGACACCACUGCCUCCUCCACUGACGGAGACUAUGGAGAUAUCCCCGGGUGUUACGGUGCGUGAGGGAGGCCGAGUGAGGAGAGGACCUGCUCGGUAUGUAAGGAAGGUUGAUAAAUUUACCGAGAGCCAACAGUCAUUACGCCCAGUAGCAACUCGGACCACUGCACCUUCCCUAGAGGUAGCAGACUUGUUAGAUCGUCAAACUCCAAUUCUUCGUGUGAUGCGGGACUCACCACCACUCCCACCCAUAGUACCACACCCCCCAGCACAAUCGAGAAUCUCUACAUAGUCUGGGAACAAUGACAUAUUCGCAUAAAAGUACAAAAUUAUACAACUAUUUAAAGGAAUGACGUGUUAGGAAGUGUUACUUCAGAUACACUGCCUAUCUAAUUCCAAGAUCAGUCAUUUAAUUGAAAUUAUUCAUGAAUAAGUGUGUAUACCUACAAAUUAUUUGUGGAAAAAUGUAAAUAUUUGUAAAUAAAAUGCUUGUAAAAUAAAAUCAUAGUCAAAAUGUUAAUUUUAUUGUACAUAGUAUUUUAUACAGAAUCUAGUAUAUUUACAUAAAAUUAUGUUCUAAUGUAAAUUGUCUUAUGUGCUAUACUGUACAUGUGUUUUACAUUGCAGAUGCUUCUUGACAAAUAUAAGUAGCUCAUGUAUUAAACUUUCUGUGAUAUUAUGUUAAAUUAUUGGAUUUACUGUGUUGACAAAGACAGCAGAGUGCAGGUGUCAAGUUACUAUUGAUAUUUUUCGUACAAUUUGAAGUUGUUUACAUACAUGUACAAGGGCCUUAUUUUGGUUUAGAUUGUUAAGUAAAUUUAAAUUUUACUAUUAAGUAACCAAUUGUAGACCAUUCUCUUUGGAAAACUAUUCAUGCCUUCUGAUGCACUGUCCAAAAUCCUUAAUUAAAAGUAGUACAUGUACUUCUUUCUGAAAUGAUCAUAAUUAUAUUUCGCACGCUUAUAGAGAGUGACCAAGUAGGCUGUAAAACAUCCAAACUAUAUAGCUACAAAAUAUUUCUUAACUGAUUCAAUGGUUUGUUUAUUUAAUAAAGCAUGUAAGAAGA